UGAAUUCUGAUCGCGAAGAAAAAAUAAAUGAAGCCACACGUUUGUUCUGAGUGUCGUCGUAGCUCAUACCACACUGUGGGAAGUUGUUUCUACUAAAGUAGUCCUUGCUCAUCAGUCUGUGGACCAUGAUGAAGAAGCGCAAGUCUCCCACCGUUCCAGGGGAUAACCAAGAAGAUGACGAUUCUGAGAUGGUGGAUGUGGAUGGCGAGGAAAAGAUCGAGGUAGCCGAUGAGGACAGCGACGACGCCGUGAUGGUGGAAGAGGAAGAGGACGAAGAAGAGGAAGAACGAGAGGCUGUGGAAGAUAACUCAUUCAUGGAUACUUUUUAUGGUCUUUCCUCCUCCAACCCAGUGGAGCGUGCUCAGGCUGCCAAUGCUCUGCUUCAUCACUGCCUCAUUGGGCCCCAGGCAAAUGCCAAGGAUGCUACCUAUGCUCUUCGACGAUUGCUGAAUGGAUUGUGUUCUGGCAGAGCCGCUUCUCGCCAGGGCAAUGCUUCCGCUCUCGCCAGUUUUCUCAAAAUCUCCUUGGAAGGAGGACAAUUGGACGAAAUCAAAGAGCAAGAUGACACUGCAACAACCGACAGUUCCAUUCUGGACUAUGUACGUGAACGUCUUUUGAAAGCCACAGAUCCCUCGGCUACCCAGGGCAAAAAGAAGGGUUCGGAAGAACGUGAUUAUCAGUUUGGUCGCUUGUUUGGUAUCCUGAGUGUGGCCAGAAGUGGAAUUCUACUUUCAAGUAAUAAUCAGGAUCAGGAGAAUAUCACAGAGGUAGCCACAGGAUUUGUGACUGAUCUGGUGCAGUUGUACAAUGACAAGAAAUGGAUGCGAGAACCUGCUGCCCAUGCCAUUGGGACCAUUCUAAGAACAUUCUACGCAGACUCGGAGGGAAAGGCCGUUGCCGUUCAUCUCGUGGAACAGGUAGUCAUUCCAAAACUUGUUGUCGGCGACGACGACUUUGAUGUAACACAGCUUGAAGCCGAAAAGAUUGCCAUUAUCGCAACGAUCCAGGCACAUGCGGGAGAUCACCCCAACGGGUUGCCAGCUCCUCUGGAUGAGCCAGUCAUCACAUCCGAAACCAUGUCAACAAUCUCCAAGGCUCUGGUCGAGACGUCAUCCGUCACGCUGCCUCGAACCCACCUCGUCUGGGAUUCUCUUUGGUUGUUCCUGACGGAACGGACCAAGCAGAAGGGAGCUGUGGUGGUUCGAGAGCUUCGUAAGGAUCCUCUCAUCAUUAGUAGUGACAGCGCCCGCGAUAUCAUGGACUCCUUGGUGCAACGUGUCAUACUGGAGGGUUUGCUGAGAGUGGAUCCCAGCGAGGGACCAGCGGCAAAGACAACUCACGAAAAGCGAGCAUUGGCAUUGUGUUUGGUGCGAAACAUGUUUGGUGUUCCAUUCAACUCGUCCAUUACGGGACCGACACAGCUGCAGCUCGAAGUGGAAGAUUUGGAGCGGAUUUUGUCUCCCGUGAUGAUUCGGCGGUUGUUUUUGGACGUCCUUUGUGCGGGUGGCGGAAGUUCCAAAAAGGCGCACACGCUCAAGCCGUUGGCGCUGCAGAUUCUGGGAUCCAUCGUAGAUGCACUGAGCCAAGACACGGGGAUGAAUCGACGUCUGAGGCUCGCAAAAGUCUUUGUACAGUGCGAGCCCAGGUUUGACAGCUUGACAAAGACGACAACGACAUCCGAUCUUGUGGGCUUGAGCGGUGGCGAUGGAGAAGAGUUUGGCGAGGCUCAAAUGGAUGCAGUAACGAGCUAUCUUGAUUUCCUCAAAACACAAAUGUUGUCGUCGAGCGAAUCCGGAGGAGAAUUGCUUGGAUACAUUGACUCGCUAUACCACUGCGCAAAGAAGCUUCUUACGCUUGCAUCAAACGAUGAAUCGACGGAAACAACAUCGGAAGCUGCAAAGUUUGCGUUGAAAACAGUUGAAGGUGUGGUUGGAUUCUUGAUGGCCGGGGCGUUCUUUGACUGCCAGGGGUUCACCCACAAGACACCCAAAAAGUCAAAGAAGAGCAAAGCAAAGUCAAACGAAGCGAAACACUUCAUAGUCGAAGUCGCCAAACAGUUCAAUCAGCUGCGAAAGGAACAAGAUUCUCCCCUGUCGUAUCCGGUUCGCUCGAUAUUGUCUGAAAGGUUCUACUCCCUCUUGGCAGAAUACGUUCAUGCUUCGAUGCAUUCUGGGCGUGGAUCCACAGCAAAGGAUUCUACGCUUCUUGAAAUUGUUGAAGGAAUGUGCAAUGGAUGGAAAACUCUGGAAUCUGGUGGAGCCAAACCGUUGUUCCCGGCUAUUGACAGCAACAAAGACGAGGAUGAUGACGAGGCAAAGAGCCCUGCUGACGUAGUUUCUGAGCUUCAAAAAAUGGCGCAAGUGAUCUCUUCGGCCUCUGAAACAGAUACAGAUGCAAAACUCAGAGCCAGGAAACGGUGUGCCACAGGCUGCGCAGCGCUCGCCUCGACGCUUUUCUUGCAUCUGCUUGGUUGUGGGAAGCCCGAUGAUUUGAUGGACGAAGAUGAAAUUACAACGGAAGAUGACGACGACAGCGCAGACAUCCUCGAUGCGAUAGAAGAGAUCGGGGAGGUUGCUCCGUUGAUUCUCGAGAGCAUCGAAGACGCAGAUGGGAACCCUUUGACAGGAUUUGCUGAGGUGUGCAUGGGUGUUCUCUCCAGCAGACUUUCGGGCGGAAAUCCUGGCCGAGGAGCAUCGUCAAAACUUUUGCGAGAAGCUGUGAAAUUUGCUUGGAUGGGCGUUCUUUCAGUGUCGGCCACGGCGGAUCGCAAUCUAUUGGAUUCGGACACUGUUACAGUGCUUCUGACUAGUAUUGGUGCUGACCAGGGCGGAAAGAUAGCCGCAGAAAACGAGGAAGAAGAAGAGGAAGGAAAUGACAGCGACGAAGAGAUGGAGGAUGAAGACGACUCUGACAAUGAGCUUGGAGACUUUUCAAAAGUUGGGAAAAUCCUUGACGGGGAGGACGAAGACGACGACAACGACUCCGAUGACGAUGGCGACAAAGAGGACCGCCCGGAUGGGGAUGAUGCCGACAACGACGAUGAAGAAAUCAACCAAGAGAGGCUCACUUCCUUGCUGGAGGACGACAGUGACGCUGGAAUCGACAUGGGCGAGCUGGAACAUCACGCAGGAGCAGAUGCAGCGCUUGCGAUGUUGAUUAAGGUCAAGCAGGAAGCUCGAAAAGCAAGUCGACAAGCGCGUGAGCGCCUUGAAAUCGAAAAGCAAAUUCGUUGCACUCUCCUUCUCGAGACUUUGCUGAGCAAAUCGGAGAGCUGGGCGCCGUUGUUUCGCAGCGAUGUUAUUUUGCAGAUGUUGCUUCCGAUGUUGACUUACCGAAGUCACAUGGAAAAGUCGCUGUCGAGCUCAGCCGGUAAGGCAAAGGAUAGCAGCAUCAAGAAAGCAAUGCUAGAUCGGUUGUCAUCCAUUUUAAAGACGAAGCUGUUCAAAUUGAAGCUAUCUGGCAUUCCUGCGAGCGAAUCUGUCGAUAUUGUUGACUGCUGCAGCUCUUUGGCGGCUUCUGUUUUGGAUAUGGUGCGAGCAAGUAGCAGCAAGGAUCAGAGGUCUUGUUGCAGCGCAGGCCUGGCGAUGAUCGUGAAGGCGGCCCCAGACACAGAUGGCGUCAUGAAGGUCGCCUCGGUGUAUGCUUCUGCAGUGGAAGAAUGGUCCACAAAGAGGACAAGCCAUUUGCAAGUAUCACUCUUCGACGAUCUGAUCGGCCAUUGCCCGAGCGUCUCGCAAAUGGUCCUCGUUCCAUCUUUGGUUUCCGCGAUUUCAGUUGCUCGAUCUCCUUUUUUGCGAUGUGAAUGCUUUCGUCUUCUCUCUAUCUUGUUCAAUCCCAAGCUAAACCCUCAGUCGUCAGAACUGGACGCCCUUGCCUUGAAAAAGAUGCGGGAGUCUGCUUCGGAAGUUAUUGCCCCCAUCUGCAACUCUCUGACAGAGAGCGAGGACAUGCAAACAGCAAAAAGAGUGAAGGAUGUGCUGAAAGCAACCGAAAAGGUCCUCGACUACGCCAAGUCGUCUUCGUGCAAAAUGUCAGCUCUUGAUAAUCUGACAAAAGCGCUGGAUGGUAUGGAUGCCAAGUUGCAACAGAACCAAGGCACCAAGAACUCUUUUGACAGAAUAAAGGCGCUGAUUGACGAUUUGGAGAAAGAUGCGAUGAACGUGGAUAAGAAAGCAGACAAGGCGGAGGGAAAUGAGGAGGAGACAGAGGAAGCUGACGGCGAGGACGACAGUGGCAAGAAGGACAAAAAGAAGAAGAAAAAGAAAAAGAAGCGAGGCAAAAAGUAGACUAAUCCAGCUGCUGAGUAGGCAUUAGGCAUUGAUUGGCUCCACGCUUGAUGUUUGUUGUACCUGAUACGCACAAAGCCGGCAUAGGUUCCAGACCAACGAAUCUGAUACUUAGCUGGAAACUCUUAAUCUACUGUAGCUAGCCACUCCGCCUUUCGCAAGUGCUCCAUGAGGUCCUUUCGACGGUUCAGCACAGACAGAGCAUCCUCCAGGUCCAAUGAGAAGCCCUUGGCACGGAGCAUACAAAUAGCCUGAUCGAACAAGGCAGCAUCUUGAGUGAAUUGAUGGCUGUGUAGUAGCCAUGGCCUAGUUGGGUCCUCGGGACCGCCAAUCAAACCCAUGAGAGCACUAUGCAAUCCUUCCAGCGGCUUUAGGUGCAUGUUCAUCAGCUUUGCAACGUCCAAGAGUCGCUCCACCUCCUUCCACGAGGACAGGUCCUCAAACAACGCCAGUACAUCCCGCUCAAAGAUCACGGCGCCCUCGGGUAGAAUAAUGCCUACUGAGAGCCCCUGCCAAUCCAGCGCCACCUCGAGAAAUUUGUUGGCAAUCAUCGGAAUCACUUUAGCCCGCAUGACACGAGGUGCAAAGAACGAGGCAAAGUUUUGCCCCUCGUCCUCGUCACCAUCCUCUCGGUCACAGUCACUGCACAAUUGCAGAAAGAUCGACAUGGCAUUCAGAGUUGGUUUCAAAAUAAACGAGAUAUCCCCGUCAUCUUCCUCCUCCUCAUCGUCCUCCUCCAUGGAGUGCGAGAGGAAAUGCGAGCACCCCAUCAGAUAAGCAGCCAAUUUUCUUCGUUCCAUGAGAAACGUUUCUACAAAUGUCAAGGCAAACUCUUCCACCAGCACGUUCUGGAGUUGCUCCAGAGACCUUCCAAAUCGAGCGAGGUCAUUGACACUUGAAUUGGCACUGGGUGCCAUGCUCUGUUGCGCCCAUGGGUUGUCUCGCGUCAGAAUGGCAGCGGCCAAGCGUGUCCCAUUGAUGACUGCCAUCCAAUCUUCCAAAAUCUUGGCGAGAAACUUGUCGUCGGCUAGAAAUUGCAGUCGCGUCGAUGGACUGGUUAACGCUUUCUUUAGAUCCGUGGAGGAUUCGUGGACGGCAUCGAGGAAUUGCAUGCAGAGUGGCACCGCUACCGCAUUGAGAUAUGGCCCCGAAAAGGAAAAGACGGACGCUUUGACUUGCACCGAACGAAUCAAGGCACAAAAGAGUUCGGCACGGGGUGAUAUCCGCGACUUGACCAAGGCAGCCAGUUUGGUAGCAUGCUCAUCAUCAUCGUCGUUCUUGCUGCUGUCGUCAAACAAGGUCGCAAACACCAUUUCCUUUUCUCGAAUCAGCCACCAUCCCAACAAUUCUUCGUCUCCUGCCACAAAUAUAUCCAUCAGUCUCACCAGACGAUCCGAUUGUCCCAUGGGCAGGAGAUUGCGUAGGGCAUCAUCGAAUUGCAAUAAUUGUUCAAUGGCAUUGCACAACAGCAUGGGAUUGGACUCGCGUCCGGCAAUACGAUGAUCUCUAAAAAAGUUGCGCUCGGGUCCUAAUACAUAUUGUGCCAGCCCCACGAGCUCAUUGAGAAACAACGAGGGCAUUUCUUCCGUGACAAACGGAGCCAAUCCCAGCGUGACCAGUUCCCAGGGAGACGAUGAAUUGUUGUUGUUGUUUCCAGUAGUAGAUUUUCCUUCAAUGACAUGUUCUUGCAAAUACGUCAAGAGAAUUUCGGGCAAUCGUUCCAUUUUGCUGGAUGUGGGUCGGUCGGCAUGAAACUCGACAAAAUGAAAUCGGACUCGUUCGACAAUGGGUCGAAAGAACUCCACCAAGACAUCGCAGGUUUCUCCCGAUGACCACGGCGUAGAGUUGGCCGAGACACUGGUUUUAUGAGUAUGAUUGGCCAAUUUAAAGUUGGUGGCUUGUAGUUGCGUCAGUGCUUGACAGACUUGUCCCAAUGCAUCGUUAGUAAGCAGCGCGCCACAACCUUCGGCACUGGGAUAGCCAGCCUUGAGAAGCAUGUUGCGUAGUUGCAGGAUCAAAUGACUGCGGACAUGGGCAUGGAGUGGCUGGUAUUCUCGAUCGUAUAGAUUGCGAUACAAGGAGGAUUGACUAUCCUCGUGUUGGCACAGAAUAUUGGCCAAGUCAAUGACAUUCUGCGCCGCCAGUACAAACGACUCUGGUCGGUCGUCCGUCUUUUCGGCCCAUUCCGACACUUGUUGCGCCAAUUCCAAGGCUGCCACUUUGUCGUUGAGUUCGUGCAAUCGAUCCAUGGGAGAACCCUUGUGCUCUUGGCCCGCAUCAUCAUCAUCGUUGUCUUCUAUUUCGUCGUUGUCCUCUUCUUUCGACUCCAAACUCUUGACGCGUUGAUCCAACCGUUCCUCCGCCGUCUCCAGCUGCUUGUUCAACCAUUCUAGCGUCACGUCUUCGGA